AUCAUAUUGUGCACAAUGGAGGGUUAUAUAAAAGGCCUUUCAAUGAAGCUUUUGAAGAAACACCAAUGCUGGUUGCUGUGUUGACCUACGUAGGCUAUGGUGUUCUCACCCUCUUUGGAUAUCUGCGAGAUUUCAUGCGGCAGUGGAAGAUUGAGAAAUGCCAAAAUGCAACAGAAAGAGAAGAACAAAAGGACUUUGUCCCCUUGUACCAGGACUUUGAAAAUUUCUACAACAGAAACCUCUACAUGCGCAUUCGGGACAGCUGGAACCGUCCAAUCUGCAGUGUGCCAGGGGCCAAAGUGGACAUGAUGGAGAGAGUUUCCCAUGAUUAUAACUGGACGUUUACGUACACAGGGAGAGUGAUAAAGGACAUUAUUAAUAUGGGUUCCUACAACUACCUUGGAUUUGCACAGAAGGCUGGGACUUGCCAAGAAGCAGCAGCUAAAGUUCUGUCCCAGUAUGGAGCUGGGGUAUGCAGCACUAGGCAGGAAAUGGGAAACUUGGACAAACAUGAGGAGCUGGAAGAGCUAGUUGCCAGGUUCCUAGGUGUGGAGUCUGCAAUGGCGUAUGGAAUGGGGUUUGCAACCAACUCUAUGAACAUUCAUGCUUUAGUUGGCAAGGGCUGUCUGAUUUUGAGUGAUGAACUGAAUCAUGCAUCACUAGUGCUCGGAGCAAGACUGUCAGGAGCAACUAUUCGAAUCUUUAAGCACAACAAUAUGCAAAGCCUGGAGAAGCUGCUCAAAGAUGCUAUUGUGCAUGGGCAACCUCGUACACGGAGGCCCUGGAAAAAAAUUCUUAUCUUGGUGGAAGGAAUAUACAGUAUGGAGGGAUCCAUAGUCCGUUUGCCUGAAGUGAUUGCCCUUAAGAAGAAGUACAAGUCCUAUCUGUACCUUGAUGAGGCUCAUAGUAUAGGUGCCCUGGGUCCCAGUGGCCGGGGUGUAGUGGAAUAUUUUGGACUCAGUCCUGAAGAUGUGGAUAUCAUGAUGGGAACAUUCACCAAAAGCUUUGGAGCUGCUGGAGGAUACAUUGGGGGCAAGAAGGAACUGAUUGAUUACCUCAGGACAUACUCUCACAGUGCUGUGUAUGCAACGUCACUGUCGCCUCCUGUUGUGGAGCAAAUCAUCACCUCCAUGAAGUGCAUUAUGGGUGAAGAUGGUACAAAUGUUG